AUGCUGGGCACAUGGUGCCUGGCCCUGGUCGCCAGCGCCGUCGCCGUGGCCCACGCGUCAUAUCACUGCCUCCCUGGAGCGGUGGAGCUGGCGGAGCGAAAGAAUCUGAAGAAUCCGCAAGGGGAGAGCUAUCCUCUUGGCAUUUGGGUGCCCGAUUGGGCUGCGGGCUAUGCCGUCAGCGCCAUUGCGCAUGUCUUGAUCGAAGAGAUGUUGGGCUACAACGUCGUGGAUAAGGGCCCAGGGCCCGCCACGCCCGAUGCCUUCUACGCUUUGGCAGGUUGCGAGACGCCCACUGUCAUCAACCGACGAGGAUGUAGCGAUUUGAUGAGCAUUUACAGCCACCUGAGUUUGGAGGGCUGGACCACGGCAUAUCAGAGCUCAUGGGAUGACGUCCAACGAGAUUAUCCAGCAACUGCACCGCUGAAUCUGGGCGCCAUGGGCUAUGUUGGCCGAGUGUCGGCCUUUCUGACCUCCAAAUUGCAGGAAGAGGCCUACUAUUCGGAGGGGCUGACCUUGGAAUACUACCGGUCCUACAACGUCUCUUGGACAAAUCCUUCCAAGUACUUCGACAACAUUACUGCCAUCGAUACCUCUAGGUUAAAGCGCUGCAACGAGACUCGGACACAAGUGCACGCAGCGAUGCAACAAUACUGGGAGGCACAGCUGAUAUCUGAAGUGUUGUUUGCUGAUAUCUUGGAUUCUGUAGGAUGA